AUGGCGGCAAGAAGCCCAGACUCAACCGCGUACUGGGUGGGUUUACACUCGCGAGUGUCUAUCUCUGUCUCUCCUUCUGCCCCACCAGCAGUCACAGAGUUUCCCACCGCUGGGCGAGUCUCGUGCUCCACUCCCACCAGAACGAAGACAGGUCCCGCGCUCAGCAGUGACACCAGCCAGAGAAAUAGGAUGAGCGCGCGGACGCGUCGCUUGGUGACCAGGCGUUUGGCGCGAAGUGGGAAGCAGAUGGCCAGGUACCUCUCCACUGACAGAGCGGUUAUAUUCAAAAUUGUUGAAUAAGUACAGCACUCACUAACGAACUGAAACAGUUUACAGAAUGUAUCUCCAAAUCUCCAUGGCCUGUACUUCCAUAACCGAUACACAUCAGGGGGCAUACAGAGGAAUAUCAACAAGUCUGAGACAGCCAUGCUACAUAAGUAGAGGUUAGUGGUUGUUCUCAUGUCUCUGUACUUAGACACGACCAGUAUAGUCAUUACAUUCCCGGUCACUCCCGCCAGGAACAGGAGAGCACAGGUGAUGGUGAUUCCCAUUAGAACGGGGAUGGGGAAGAGGUUUUCGGGGGGCACAGGACCCCGGUAGCUCCCGUUAAAGUAGUAGUUCCAGUAGUUCUCCUCCCAGCUGCAGUUAAUGGGAGAGAGGCAGUCAGUUCGGUUGGGCCAGGAGCGCAUGCUGCCAGCGGGUCAUUCACGCGGCUGGAGGUUCUCCUUGGGGCGGCUGGCGCGCUGCUCUUGUCUCCCCAUGUCCUCUGUUGCUCUGAGUGUGUGUGUGUGUGUGUGUGUGUGUGUGUGCGCGCAUGUGAUGCGUAAAGGAUGUUAUGGUUUUACCAAUAGCAGUUAAGCUCAGAGUCCUCUAUUUUAGAACAGUCUUGCACUGGAGCAAUAAAACACACCUUCCCAUCUUGUCUUCCAUUUACACGAUUAUUUGACUUGUAAGAAAUAAAGUAUAGCCGUUGAAUGUUAUUAAAUCACAAAAUAUCACAAGCUACAAUAAAUGUCUGAAGAAAGAAAAUAAUACUCGAGCAUCCUUUGAGCGCAUCGUACAAAAGUAUUAAACAAAUAUGAAUAGGAUCAGAUAUUCCUUUUCCUCAGGUAUUGAUAGGCCUAUAAAUUGGUCUAAAUCACAUAGAUAUCUUUUUUUAAAUCGGAUAAAUGAUGAGAGAGAAAAAACGACCUUUUAAAACAACAUCCUCCAAAAAGAGUCCCUCUCUUGCUCUGUCCCCUUCAUGCGCUCUUAUGCGUCAGAUGAAAACACGGUAACCUAGACUGAAGGUGAGUCACAGAGUCAGGGUUUGGUGAUGUGACACUGGAAAGCUCCUCCGACAAACUCAGCCAAGAGAAAUGGGUAAACAACAAAAACAUCAAAACAACAUCAACUAUGAGUCUGUGACAAUGAAUAUUCUGAAGAGGUUUCAGAAACGCAGUCCACAUUUCUCUCUCUCUCUCUCUCUCUCUCUCUCUCUCUUUCUCUCUCUCUCUCUCUCUCUCUCUCUCUGGAGCCUCCAGGUAAGAUCAGUGGAUCGAUGUCCUCCUCUGUGAUUUGAUGAGAACUCUCUAAAGAGAAAAAACUACGUUUAUAAAUAUGGCACAUUCACACGUCACACACAUGCACGUGCUCUAGUCCUUUUUAGCAUCACUGAAUGGAGCAGAAAGAGCUAGAGAGAGAGGGAGGGAGGGAGAGAGAGGGAGGGGGUCCUACUGGUAGCCCUAGCUUAGACCUAGCACGCCACCUAAUGGUAAAAGCAAAGCCGACAUGUGUCUGUGUGUGUGUGUGUGUGUGUGUGUGUGUGUGUGUGUGUGUGUGCGUGUGUUUGUGUGUGUGUUCCUGUGUGUUUGUGUGUUUGUGUGUGUGGCCAACAGUAUGGCCAGAUGAGGAUCUAUGAUGGAGGUUCUUGGGGAGAUUUUUUCUCUGCCCUUUGCUCUGUGUUGUUUACCUACACCAGGACAUUUAUGACCAUACACACACACACACACACACACACACACACACACACACACACACACACACACACACAAACACACACACACACAAACACACACACACACACACACACAAACACACACAGAAAGAGAGAGAGCGAGGAAGUGGUCGAGAUAUAGAGCAAUAGAGAGAGAGAAGACACCUCAGAUGACAGAAGGAAGUCCAGGAGGUCUGAUCACUCAGAGCAACAGUCAGAGCCAUCAACUUUUCCUGCAACAGGUACUCAGUCUCCGUGUGUGUGAGGGGGUGUAUGUGUGUGUGUCUCACCUCUGUCAAUUGCUUUUCCACUUCACUGUCUCUAGUAGCUACAUUAACCAACAAAGACUAGCAAUGAUCGUGAUAUGGGGUUUUACUACUUUACUACUUUAGCUGAAUGCACUGAUUGAAUGUCGCUCUGGAUAAGAGCGUCUGCAAAAUUACUAAAAUGUGAAAAUGAAAAAUGUAAUGUGUGUCUUCCCCUAUCAUCAUUCUCAAAGGGUGUGGUGUUGCGUCCAGGUCAAAGUCUCAGUCAUAACACACACAUACGUAUGUACACACACACACACACACACACACACACACACACACACACACACACACACACACGUAUGCACUCGCGAUACAGUCUGUGUAUAUAGUGAGGAGAGCAAUGUGCACAUUCAAUCACAAGAUGGAGGGAGGGAUUCACUUGUAGGGUGGAUAGGAGGUGUGUGUGUCUGUGUGUGUAUGUGUGUGCAGGGGUGGUAAUUGGGGGGCGGGGGGGGGGGGGCACUAGACACCCCUGAAAUAUCAUUGGCCACCCUUAGUCCCCCCAAUUCUCAUUGGGUCGGAGCGCUGUCAAUCUGGCUCUGAUUGUAGAGAAAAGGGUGCAUUUGUUCUGGCAGUUCAGAUGCUUGCUUUAGGGCCACGCGGACGCCUUGGAGUGGGCGAAGGCUGUGAUUGGCUGGCUGGCUUUAGGCCUAUGGCGAGCGCAGCUGCAGUGAACACUGAACAGCAGAACUUCUCUCUCAGUUGAGUUGACUAAAGCAGUGCAGAGGUGGAAAAUGGCUAGGUAACUGCUGUUUGACUUGACAGGAAACUAAACUAGAGUUUUUAAUCCCGAUGCUGAGCUAGUGUGUAGCAGCAAAUUGCUAUAUGGCAUGCGUUUGUCCUAGAUAGAAUGUUAUGUAUGUCCCUUAUCGACUGAGGUGAAUGAAGCUACAGCAGCCACAGUGAUAAUGGCUGGAGUCAUAAAAAUAUAUAUAUACACUACCGUUCAAAAGUUUGGGGUCACUUAGAAAUGUUGUUGAUUUUGAAAGAAAAGCAAUUUUUUUGUCCAUUAAAAUAACAUCAAAUUGAUCAGAAAUACAGUGUAGACAUUGUUAAUGUUAUAAAUGGCUAUUGUAGCUAGAAUCCGUAGAUCUUUAAUGGAAUAUCUACAUAGGCGUACAGAGGCCCAUUAUCAGCAACCAUCAGUCCUGUGUUCCAAUGGCCCGUUGUGUUUGCUAAUCCAAGUUUAUCAUUUUAAAAGGCUAAUUGAUCAUUAGAAAACCCUUUUGCUAUUAUGUUAGCACAGCUGAAAACUGUUGUGCUGAUUAAAGAAGCAAUAAAACUGGACUUCUUGAGACUAGUUGUGUAUCUGGAGCAUCAGCAAUUGUGGGUUCGAUUACAGGCUCAAAAUGUCCAGAAACAAAUAACUUUCUUCUGAAACUCGUCUGUCUAUUCUUGUUCUGAGAAAUGAAGGCUAUUCCAUGUGAGAAAUUGCCAAGAAACUGAAGAUCUCGUACAACGCUGUGUCCUACUCCCUUCACAGAACAGCGUAAACUGGCUCUAACCAGAAUAGAAAGAGGAGUGGGAGGCCCCGGUGCACAACUGAGCAAGAGGACAAAUACAUUAGAGUUUCUAGUUUGAGAAACAGACGCCUCACAGGUCCUCAACUGGCAGCUUCAUUAAAUAGUACCCGCAAAACACCAGUCUCAACGUCAACGGUGAAGAGGCGACUCCAGGAGGCUGACCUUCUAGGCAGAGUUGCAAAGAAAAAGCCAUAUCUCAGACUGGUCAAUAAAAAUAAAUAUUAAGAUGGGCAGUCUGAGAUAUAUAUCUUUUUUAAAUGAUAAACUUGGAUUAGCAAACACAACGGGCCAUUGGAACACAGGACUGAUGGUUGCUGAUAAUGGGCCUCUGUACGCCUAUGUAGAUAUUCCAUUAAAAAUCAGCCAUUUCCAGCUACAAUAGCCAUUUACAACCUUAACAAUGUCUACACUGUAUUUCUGAUCAAUUUGAUGUUAUUUUAAUGGACAAAAAAAUUGCUUUUCUUUCGAAAACAAGGACAUUUCAAAGUGACCCCAAACUUUUGAACGGUAGUGUAUAUACAGUGCCUUCAGAAAGUAUUCAUACCCCUUGAUUUAGUCCACAUGUUGUUUUGUUACAGCCUGAAUUCAAAAUGGAUGAAAGAAAUCUAAAUCUCACCCAUCUACACACAAUAUCCCAUAAUGACAAAGUGAAAACAUGUUUUUAGAAAUUGUAGCAAAUUUGUUGAAAAUAAAAUACAGAAAUAUCUAAUUUACAUAAGUAUUCACACCCCUGAGUCAAUACUUUGUAGAAGCACCUUUGAUGGCGAUUACAGCUUUGAAUCCUCUUGGGUAUGUCUGUAUCAGCUUUGCACAUCUGGAUUUGGGGAUUUUCUCCCGUUCUACCUUGCAGAUUUUCUCAAGCUCUGUUCAAUUAGAUGGGGAGCGGUGGUGAACAGUCUUUCCACAGAUUUUCAAUGUGAUUCAAGUCAGGGCUUUGGCUGGGCCACUCAAGGACAUUCACUUUCUUGUUCUGAAGCCAUUCCAGCGAUGCUUUGGCUACAUGCUUGGGGUCAUUGUCAUGUUGGAACGUAAAUCUUCGCCCCCCAGUCGAAGGCACUCUGAAGCAGGUUCUAAUUAAGGAUUUGUCUGUAUUUGACUCCAUUCUAUCCUUACCAGUAUCCCAGUCCCUGCUGAUGAAAAGCAUCCCCAUAGCAUGAUGCUGCCACCACCAUGCUUCACGGUAAAGAUGGU